AUGCACCGAAUUCUGCGUUGUCAACAUUUAGAGUUGGUUAUAGUCAGUCAACCAACUGAUGACGAAGAAUGCUUAUUAAAGAAAUAUAUUAAGGAAGCUGCCGCGUUGUACUAUGGUUUGAAUCCAAGAGAAGUCCGCAUAUUGACAUAUCAAUUUGCAACCACAAAUGGCAAGGUCGUUCCAAGAAAUUGGAAGAUAGAUGAAAAAGCUGGGGCUGAUUGGUUUAGUGCAUUCAUAAAAAGACACUCACACUUCUCAAUCAGAGUACCUGAAUCGACAUCUAGUGCUCGGGUAAUAAGUUUCAACAGAUCGAACGUGUCCGCAUUUUUUGAUAACCUGUCAAAAGUUUUUGAGCGCUAUGUGUUUGGACCAGAGGCCAUCUACAACAUUGAUGAAACCGGAAUUACUACUGUGCAACGUCCUAGCAGAAUUGUUGCUCAAAAAGGUGUAAAGCAAGUUGGAGCCAUAGUCUCGCAAGAACGAGAUCAAAUGGUUACUUUGGCUGUUGCAGUUAAAGCACUGGGGAACAGUAUUCCACCUGCAUUUGUGUUCCCGAGAGUUCACUACAAAGAUCAUUUUAUUAGUGGUGGACCACCGGGAUCUCUUGAAUUAGCACAUCCUUCUGGUUGGAUGACAGAAAUUAACUUUCUGGAAGUUAUAAAACAUCUAGUCAAGCAUGCACGUUGUUCUGUUGAGAAUCCCAUCCUUUUGCUACUUGACAAUCAUGAGUCACAUGUAUCAAUAUCAGUGUUGGAUUACGGAAAAAACAGCGGCGUCAUAAUGCUUAGUUUUCCUCCACAUUGCUCGCACAAACUCCAACCACAUGAUCGAUCUGUAUUUGGGCCAUUAAAAAAAUUUGUAGGAUUAGCACAGGAUGCCUGGAUGAAAAACUAUCCCGGCCAAUUAAUGACAAUAUAUGAUAUUCCAGAAAUAGUAAAUAAGGCUUUUCCUCAAGCUGCAACACCAGUUAAUCAAUCUUCAGACCAGCAAAAAUCUAACGUCACGCCGGAGAUGAUCAGGCCAUUCAAAAAAGCUGGACCGCGAAAGACAAGUACAGGAAAUCGAAAAAAAGGCAAGACUCAAAUUUUGACAGAUACACCAGUGAAAGCAGAGCUGGAAGCUCGUCAACGAGCUCGUGAAUCAAAGACCAUCACUAAAAAGAAAAAGAAGAUUUUAUUUGACCGUAAUCAGCAGAUUUCGAGAAAGACGGCUAAAGUGUCGGAGAAGCAAAAGAAAAGUAAAAAUAACAUUCCUAUAAUUACGAGUGACGACAACACACCUUGUCAUCUCUGUGGCAUACUGGCCAAUGUACCUCCAUUUAAAAAUUGGAAGGAAUGUCCGUCCUGUAAAGAAUGGUUCCAUGAACGCUGUUGCCCAGAGGACUUUAUUUUGUGUUACUCAUGUCUUGGUUAA